AUGAUAGAGCCCAAGUACAGUGAGAUCCAGCUCAAAGCUUUGGGACUAAUCACCUACCUUCCUGCAUCCUUGUCAUUGGUGGGGUCCAUCAGUAUCGUCUAUUCCAUUCUUUCCUCCCACUACUACCGGAGACAACAGAGAGCAAGGUCUAAAACAUAUGAUAGAAUCAUGCUGGGAUUGAGUUGCAUGGAAGCCACCUGUGCACUUGGAUUGCUCGUGUUUGGAUCGUGGGCCGUCCCACAAGAAGCGAGUGCUUUGUCCUACGGUGCCAGCGGGACUACGGCAACGUGUGAAGCGGCUGGUGUCUUUACACACAUUUUGUUUGGUACGAUGAUGUACACUGCCAUGCUGGCACUCUACUUUUGUUUGCGAGUCAGAUUCCAACUCAAAGAAGAAUUCAUUGCCCGCAGAAUAGAGCCCUUUUUACAUGCCGUUCCCAUUUUGAUGGUUGUGGUAUUCUGUGUGGUGGGCCUCACAGGUGGAUACUUUAAUCCGUUGCCUACCGUGGCGGGGAAUUGUUGGUUCCGGGAUUAUCCUCCCAAUUGUUCUUCCGAUCCCAAUGUGGACUGUAUACGGGGGGAGAACUUUAAACCCAUUGCCAGAGUAGCCGCGACCGGUGUGAUACUCUUUGCCUUUUUGAUUAUUGUCAUUUGCAUGGCAUUGAUUCUGGCCCAAGUCAUGGUGCUCGAGUAUAGACUGCGCAAAUAUGCUCAUCAGGGCGCCGCUCACAACAGCACGCGACAAUGGAAACGGACCAGAGAAGUGGGAUUGCAAGCUCUACAAUACAUUGGAUUCUUUUUUCUUUGUGGGAUCUGGGCCGUGAUUCUCCAGCUCCUGCCAGCACCGACAUUCCCCAUUGUCUUUUGCAUGAAACUAAUGACACCCCUGCAAGGAAUGUUCAAUGCCAUUAUCUUUUGGAAUCGCAAGAAAACGGAAAACUUGUCAAGAUCCUCUAGAAGGACAAGUUCCUCCAAAAGAAGUUCCAUCCGAACGAGUAUCCUGCGCAAGCUGCAGGCAGAGUUGCAAGUCCAGACGGGACAAUCUCUAGAGGAGGCAUCCAAUAAUAGUAAUGGCAUCGUGAGAGAUACAGAAAUGGGGGGACCCGAAACUGAUGAAAAUGAUUGCUCCUUUCAUUGUGAGGAAGAGGUGAACCAGGAGGACAAGACAAACCGGGAUUCGGUACAGUUGCAAAUGCAGGUUGAUUCUCACUCCGUUGGAUCAUCUAUAAAAGAUCAGAAUGAUGGCCGGAGAGAUCCGGAAAAGGGAGACGCAGCAAAUAAUGAUGAAAAUGAUUGCUGCUUUCAGUGUGAGGAAGAAGAGUGA